AUGGGCCCCAAAACAAUGGGCCCCAAUCGGAGGCUACUGUUCUUUUCUCUCAUGCUCGCUAUCCUAAUUAGCUUGCCUGGCCUUAGUCGAGCCACUGGAUGUGCCGAUUGGCAAAAUGCAAGCGAAUGCCCAAAUCAGUACAACAGCAACAACAACAACAAAAAUAACAACAAUGGCACCUACUUGGCAACUGUAUCAGCAUCAUAUGAUUAUGGCAAUAGCAACAGCCAACUGAACGUUUCAAUUAAUCUGCUCGACAUGGAUUUCGAUCGUGAUGUGGAGGGCUGGCCACUGGAACGCGUCGUAUCCACCAUUGUGCCCGUAUUUUUUGGCAUCAUUGGCUUCGCUGGCCUGCUCGGCAAUGCGCUUGUCAUAUUGGUCGUCGUUGUGAACCAGCAGAUGCGGUCGACAACAAACCUAUUGAUUAUAAACCUGGCCGUCUCGGACAUACUCUUCGUCAUAUUUUGUGUGCCAUUCACGGCCACGGACUACGUGUUGCCCGAAUGGCCGUUUGGCAAUUUGUGGUGCAAGUUUGUCCAAUACAUGAUUGUGGUCACAUGCCAUUGCAGCGUUUACACCUUGGUGCUGAUGUCCUUCGACCGCUUUCUGGCCGUUGUCCAUCCUGUGACCAGCAUGUCGUUGCGUACGGAACGAAACGCCACACUUGCCAUCAUGUGCGCCUGGAUAUUGAUUGUGACUACGGCUAUACCCGUCGCUCUGGCCCAUUCGGUACGCAUCUAUCAGUAUCAUGGACGAGCUGGCACCGCCUGCGUCUUCUCCACCGAGGAGGAGGUCUGGAGUCUGGUGGGCUUUCAGGUAUCGUUCUUCUUGUCAUCGUACGUGGCUCCAUUGACGCUGAUUUGUUUUCUGUAUAUGGGAAUGCUGGCGCGUUUGUGGAAAAGUGCGCCCGGUUGCAAGCCAUCGGCCGAGUCACGCAAAGGCAAGCGACGCGUCACACGAAUGGUUGUUGUUGUUGUACUGGCUUUUGCAAUCUGCUGGCUACCGAUACAUGUCAUACUCGUAUUAAAGGCACUCAACCUGUACAGCGCCACACACUUGACCGUCAUUAUUCAGAUUAUAUCGCAUGUGCUGGCCUAUACGAACUCCUGCAUUAAUCCCAUACUCUAUGCAUUUCUCUCGGACAACUUUCGCAAAGCGUUUCGCAAGGUCGUCUGGUGUGGCAGCCCACCCCCGAUAGUGACCAAUCAGCAGAUGACAAAGACAACACGUACAGCAACUGGCAAUGGCACAUCCAACAUCGACAUGCUAUAAACAGCCGAUAUCUGUCAGUCCGUUUGUCUAUCUGUCUGUCUGUCUAUAUAUCUGUCUAUCUAUGUCUAUUUGUAUGU